UGGGUAAAUAUUGUUGCUUUAUGGUUUAUAAUUAGGUAGUAAUGUGCCAUUGUCAUUUUAUACAUUUUCAUCCGGUUUUAAAUUAUUCAAAAUAGAUUUGCUCGGUGUGUUGAGAGGUGGUGACAAUGGGGGAUACGAUAUAAUAUGAUAUAUUUGACUACUUCAUGGUUUAUCGGUGCACUUGUAACAAGCAGCCUCCCAGGUAGCUAAGCUAACUUGCUAACAUGAUAUCUCAAAUGGAGACGUCCGACCUUGACGCUAAACUCUCGCUAGCGUGACGUCCCGAAGUUGGACACGUACGGCAUUGAUGUAAUGAUUAUGAUGAUGUAAAGCCUGCUGUUGUCACACCGAUGCUCGGACAAUUGCCUUAAGCUAUUGCCUUACAAACGCGUCUACUCGUCGUGUCGCCGACAUCCGUCUUGUGUGCAGACGAUCGAUUAGUUGGCUCUGCGCAUGUUUGGAGAGGCUACUGGAGGAAAAUAUCGAGGGGGGGGGGCGAGGAAUUGGUUUAACUUAGAAUAAUUGGCUUGGGAACCAACCUCGCUCAUGAGUUACAAAGUUUCUUCAAGAUUUGAACAUUUUGUACAACAUUUAAACGUGAAAACGACGCGUUUGGUGUGGAGGCUCUGGUGAAAAAUGUCGCUCUACAGGGGCAUCGGCGGCGACCAGUACAUGAGGAAACGGAUACCAAAGAAUGCCAAGUAUCAGCACAUCAAAACAAAACUGGACACAGGAGUUAGCCUCACCAAGUAUUUGGAGCGCCUGGAGGAGAUUAAACAACACUACAAGUUCAACAAAGGUGAAAUCUUCAAGCGUUUUAAAGUGACGACAUUUGCAGAGUUGAUACUUCAAGUGGCGUCAGUGUCGGAUCUCAAUGAAUGUGUCAGCGGUGAUUCGUUUCACUGCCUUCAUGACGGCGGCAGCGGUGACGGCAGCAACAUGAUAGUGGUUAAAGAUAAGUCGGAUCACGCCAACGGCAUGUUGGAGCCCGAAGAUGCGGUGCAGAGUCAGAAACAAAGUCAGACCGUGAGGUCCACAUUGCUAAGCGUGAUCAACGGCGUUGGCGAGCUGAACAUGAACAGUGACAAAAUACAGGCGGCCUGCGCGCACACGGACAUGGACACUGAAAAGCCUUACCCGGAUUGUCCCUACCUGCUGCUGGACAUGCGUGAGCGUGACCUCUACGACCAGUGCCACCUUAUCACAGCUCACAGUUUUCCCAUCGCAAUGCUGUCUCAGACCAUGAACCCCUAUACCAAGGAAGUACUGGAAUAUAAAAAUGCCAAGGAUAAGAUCAUCAUCGUGUACGACGAGGACGAGCGCAUCGCGAGCCAGGCAGCAACCAGCAUGUGCCAGCGAGGAUUCGAGAACCUCUUCCUGCUCAGCGGAGGUCUCAAAGUGGUCGCUCAGAAGUUCCCCGAAGGCAUGACGACGGGCCCCCUGCCUGCCUCCUGCCUGCCCGCCGCCGUGCCGUCCAAGUGGAGGAAGUGCGCCCCGCCGCCUCCGCCGCCAUUGAUGCAGGUGGCGGGGCGAAGAUGGAGGUUCACCGCCGACGAGCUCGCCAGGAUUGAAGGCCAGCUGGAGAAUAUCGCCAUGAUGGGCAGUAGUAAGAAACACUCGACAAGUGCCAUGCCAUACCAUGAUACCGUAUCACGUUACAGACAUCGCGUGAUAAUUGAGGAAGGAAUACGCACAUCCAAACAUCAAAAUGGUCAUUUUCAUUUACGGUUCGAUUCUCUCCAAUUAAGAGUCAAUACGAUUCACUCGUGAUUAACCCCAAUUAUAAUACGAUAUAUUGCACUGCAGUAUGAUUUGAUUAUCUCUAAUUACAAUGCAAUUCAAACAUUAAACUUGUUAAAUUGUAAAUUUCAAUUUGUGUAUCUCCAAUUAAGAUAUGUUAACAUUUACUCACGUGAUACAGGUCAUCCCCAAUUGUGAUAUACUUGACUGUAAUGUGAUUUAAUUGUUUCCGAUUACGAUGCGAUUCCCCUGAAUUAUGAUAUAGUAGGAUUCACUCUAAUGAGAAGAAAUAAUUCACUUUAAUGAUACGACACAAUUCCAUCAAAUUCAAAUAUUGUUCACCUUAACUACAAUGCAAAACGAUCCGAUUACAAUAUGAUUCACUCUAAUAAUGAUGUGAUGGGAUGCACUGGAAUGAAAAUGUUAUACAAGUCACUCUACUUACAAUAUAAUCCACUCCAAUUAUUGUACGAUUUACUCUAAUUACAAUACGAUUCACUGGAUACAAUUCAUUCCAAUUAUGAUACGAUAUGGUUUAAUCCCAUUGUGAUCUAAUCCAAUUGCAGUACGAUAUGAUCAACUUUAGUUAUGAUGCAAGAUGAUGCACUUGACACGACUCACUCUCCUUACAAUACGAUACAAUUCACGGGGUGCGAUUUACAUAAUAUGAUGCACUCCAAUUAUGAUACAAUUCACACCAAUUACAGUAUGAUUCAGUUGAGUUGCAAUGCAACAUGUAUUCACUACUAUUUUCAUACAAUGAGUCACUGCAAGUAUGAUGCAAAAUGUAACUACUCCCUCCAUUUAUGAUACAAUUCACUCGAUUUAUGAGCCGAUAUGAUUCAUUAAGAGUAUGAUACAAUUCCAAUUUACAGAUUUGACAUAAUACGUUUCACACCAAUUACGAUACAUUUCACUUCAAUUACGAUAUGAUCUGAGUUACUAUAAUUACGUUGGCGAAAUGAACAUUUUCCCUCCAUUUAUGAUACAAUUGGAAUAUGUUUCACUCCAGUUGUGAUGUGAAAUUGCACGAUUCCCUCCAAUUGAGAUACUGUACGAUACAAUUGACUCCAAAUACAAUGUUACAAUAUGAUGCAUUUCACUUCAUUACAAUAUGAUACGACUCCCUCCAAUUUCUAUACGAUACAAUUCGAGUCGCACCAGUGACAAUACACUUCACUCCAAUAACAAAACAAUUCAGUUGAUACGAUAAACUCUAUAAAAAAUGUAUUAUUAUUUUAUUAAAUUGGGUACAAAGUGAAUAAGUAAAACUCAUAUUUAAUGAAAUCAUGACUAUAGAUAAAUUAAUUUAUUUAAAAAUGUGAUAUAAAAUGUCUAAUAUUUUUUUUGUGUGUGUGUG